UUCGUGUGAAACUUGCACUCGCUUCAGUUCAGAGUGAAAUAAAGUCAUGGAACGCUGACUAAAGUGCGCUGAAUUUUAUUGGUUUUUCAUUCGAUUUUUCAAGUUUAAUUUUGUUGUUAAUAGUUUAUUCUGUUACUUUUUUGGAACACAAUUUAACUGCUAACUGUUUGCAUCGAGUGUAAGGGAAACACAAAAUGCCGAAAGUAACGUAUGAGGAAAAAUUCCGUAUCGAUGUCUCGAAGACGAAUCUGGGUGAAGGCGGCGGCGAUGAUGGGAAUGACGCAGAGGACGCCUUCGAGCUGUACCAGAUCGAUGAGAACACCCAGGACACGUACGGUAUGAGCCUGAUGGAUGAACCGAAUGCCGAACCAGAUCUGGUUGAGACACCUGACGGGCGUAUCGUGAUCGAGAUGAAACCCAGCACAACCUGUCGGAUGUGCCAGAAGGAGUUUACGACGGUCAAGUCAGUAAAAGAACACCAACUUCGCUGUGAAGGUGGAGCAGAUCAGUACCAGGACACGCUGUACAAGGAAAAAGUGGCUGCCAUGGUCGGCCAACCGGGAGACGAAUUCUUCAAAUAUUGCAAUCCCAAUCCGAAAAAUCCUUGCUACUGCUGCGGAGAGGAAGAAUCCACGGCCCACGUGGGCCACAUCAAAUGCAAAGUGUGCCCUAAAUCCUUCAAGGCUUAUGAAUAUUUGGAAAAGCACCUGAAAACCGUACACGCCGAAACGAAGGAAUUUGCCUGUGAAAAGUGCAACGCCACAUGUCGCACGAAGGAAAUACUGGAAGAACAUCUGCUAACACACAACGAGGGAAAACCAUUCUCCUGUAAUCAAUGCGGUAAGGAUUUUACCCGUAAGUAUCACCUGGACCGGCACCGCAAUCAUUCGGCUUGUGGCGAUGCUCCAAAGCAGAUGCUACCGUGUGAGGUGUGCGGUAAGGAAUUUACACGGGUGGACAAUUUGAGAGAACAUCUGCGCUUCCACAUGGGCGAAGGUGAACGCAAGCGGGACUACAUUUGCCCGUACUGUCCGAAAUCAUUCUACGGAUCGUCUUUAUUAAACAUUCAUAUCCGUACACAUACCGGGGAGAGACCUUUUCCGUGUGAUCUUUGCACCAAAUCGUUCCCAUCGACCGGAGCGCUGCGAAAACAUCGUCGGAGCCACACUGGAGAAAGACCGUACCAUUGCGAUCAUUGUUCCGCGACUUUUGCGGCCCGUGAAACGCUUAACCGGCAUCGGAAGACGCACACCGGCGAGAAACCGCACAAAUGCGACAAAUGUGGUAUGCGCUUCAUCCAGGCUACGCAGCUGAGAUCACACUUGUUCCAGCAUACCGGUGAGGGUGGCUUUGCGUGUGACCGCUGUGAUGCCAAGUUUAGCCGCAAAUGCCGCCUGGAUGAGCACAUACGUUUCGACCACCUGAAGGAAGCACCGAUGGAGUGUGACAUUUGUCAAAAGCAGUUUAUACGCCGGGAGGAUUUGCACCGGCACGUGGCGCUGCAUACCGAUGAGAAGAGUAAGUCGAGAAUUUUCAAAUUACUUAGUUAGGAUAAAGUGGUGUUGCAAUUCAUCAAACAAAAAAUGGGUGUUUAGUUAAUUUUGUGAUGAAUUUAUAAGUAUUUCACUAUUAGAGCGGACCACUAUUUAUAUCAAUUACUAAAAUACAGUAGACCCCCGCUUAUCCGAGGUAGUCGGGGGAAGGGCCACCUCAGAUAAGUGAAUCAUCGGAUUACACGAAAAAACAUUGACAACCCUAUCCUUUUGCUCUGGUGUUGCCAUCAU